AUGGCCCCAAUGGUAUCUCAGCUUUCUUACUUUUCCAAUGUCGUCUCUCCUUGUUCUUCCCACUAUAUCUCUUGUUCAGGAAGUGUUUGGAUGAAGGUGUUUUUCCAUCAGUGUGGAAAAUUUGCUCUGUCAUUCCUGUUCUCAAGUCCUCUGAUACGUCUCUUGUUACCAACUAUCGUCCCAUCUCUAUAUCACCCGCACAUAGUUAAAAUAUUCGAAUGUAUCAUAUUCAACUAUUUGGGGUCCAAAUUAAAUCGCAUUCUUAUUCUUCAACAACACGGUUUUCGCAUUGGGAGAAGUACCAUUUCUUGUACUUUCUCUUACUUUAUUUAUGACUGCCUUUGUAGUGGCGCCCAAAUUGAUAUUAUUUUCACCGAUUUUUCAAAAGCUUUUGACACUGUUCCUCAUAACUUGCUUAUUAAUGAACUUGACCGUAUUGGUAUUGGAGAUUCUCUUCUUUCCUUGUUCCGUUCAUACCUAUCCAACCGUAAGCAGUUUGUUAAACUAAAUGAGGUUUCAUCUGGCUUAUCAGAUGUCACAUCUGGUGUUCCACAGGGUGGUCAUUUGAGUCCUUAA